AUGCAGAAGGCGCAGAAAGGUAGCGGAUCGCAGCAAGGAGUCUCUGUGGCGUUUAUAAGAGCCAAGAAAGAUCUUCAAGAGUAUGAAGAGAUCCCGGGAAUCAAGAUUCACUAUGAUACAGGCAAUCCGAUGCAGAUAAAAAUGUCUGUUUCUCCAAAUGAGGGAUACUACUCAGGAGCAGUGUUUCAUUUCGAGUGCCAAGUACCAGAAGAUUACCCUAACAAAGCACCAGAAUUUCGAUGCCUGGAAAGAAUAUAUCAUCCCAACAUUGAUUUGGAUGGGCACGUGUGCCUCAAUAUUUUGCGAAAUGACUGGAAGCCUACUUUGACGCUACAGUUGGUGUUCGCAGGUAUUCUACAUUUAUUCUUACAUCCUAAUGCUAACGAUCCGCUUAACAAAGAUGCUGCCAAUGACCUAUCCAAAUACCCUCAAGAUUUCACCAGGCAUGUCCAACAGAGCAUGAUGGGAGGAUAUGUUGGAGAGGAGAAAUUUGACAGGGUCGCAUGA